UUCCGCUCUUCCAAGUCCGCGUUGCUGGCAUUGCUAUUGCGGCGACGUUUUGCUCUCUCACAAGUCUCUCCAACAAACCAUUCACACCACAAUGUCUGGCGCAGAGAACCAGGUCGCUGUCCAGGACGUUGUCUUCCCAGAGAAUGGUGUCGUUGACAACUUAUCUGAUGCUGUGUCCAAAGUCUCUCUCCGACCAGACCAUUCAUCUUCUAAAUCACCAGAACCCGCCACUGACAGUCUUGCUAAAGAUAAAAAUGAUAUCCGCAGUCGACCCUUCGUUAUGUAUUCCCGACCCCAUCUACUUCUUCUUCAUAAAUCUCCCCUCGUUUGUCCUCCGACAGGCAUGCCAGCUUUGAAGGAUUGGUUUGGAACCGAGAGUGACCAAGCCAAUCUUAAAAAGGACUCGGAAGCACUCCCUCAACUCAACGCUCGUGACCGACGCUUUCGCAGAGAUGCGGAGGACGGAGAAGGCGCUGCCCGACCCUCUUUCCGUGGGGCCGCCAUCACCCAGCCCUCGCAAAUGGGCAACUUUAAGCACCAGUCCAUUCGCGCAACUGACCGAGACCGAGACAGAGAUACAGACAGAGAACAAGAACGCGAUUCCCGGGUCAAAGACGGCCAAGAAAGACUACGGAAUUUGUCAGAUAAGUAUGACCGCGACCGUCGUGCUCUUUCUUCCAUGCAGCAACUUCGAGGAAAGGACAGGGACGUGACCCCUCACCUUGGUGGUACAUCCUCUCGAAUAUCCUCCCAGUCGCAGCAAGCCCUCAGUAGUCGUCAGCUUGAUUCCCGAGAACCUCCUAAAAAGAAAGAUGGUGAAACGAGCGAGGAUUGGAGACGCGAAUCAGCUCGCACAGGCCGUGAACGUUCUGAUAAUCCUAGACGCGAUCGAGAUGAGCGUGACCGACCUCGCUCAAGGGUUCGUGACUCUUCCCGCCCACGGCGGGAUGUCUCAUUGUCGAGACGUGAUCGUGAUCGGGACGACAGGGAUCGUGAUCGCAGAGGCGACCGCGACGACCAUCAAAGAGAGACAGUGGCAUACCGAAGGGACAGGGACGACCGUGACAUUGAUCGAGAAUCUGAGGCGGACGAUCCUCGUCGCUGGAGAGAUGACGGAAAGCGGGAUGAGCGUAUGGCAGCGAGACGGGACCGUGAUCCACGAGACAAGGACCGGGUACGCGACCGCCCUGCCGCAUGGGAUUCUGGCGAUCGUCAGGACCGUCGAUGGGUUUCCACCGAUGACCGUGACGGUCGAAACAAGCGCGCGGCUGGCCGCGAGAGAAAAUCUGAUGAGGCGAAGGACAAGGACGAUCGCAGGGACCGAGAACGUGAGAAAGAAAGAGAGAAGGAGCCUGCAUGGAUGGACACAUACAUCCCUUCUGCUGGCAGCAACGGUUUAGGUCGGGCUCCCGGAGACCUAGAUGACAUACAGGCAUUCAAGCGAGAGAUCAAGGAGAGAGAGCAGAAGGAGCAAACCGCUGCUGCACAAGAUGGUGAUCGUUCUGGUGACUUUGAAGGGAAGACGAAUACGUCUGAAAGCCACUUGGACGAAAUCCAGCUCUUUAAGCUGAUGAUGAAAAGGGAAGAACAAAAGAAGAGAGCUGACCAGUCUCCCCCCGCGGGUCCGUCGUUACUCUCAGACACAUCUUCAGAGACCAAAGAUUCAACUCUUACAAACGACCUGUCAUUGGUUGAAACAACUGCAGAGCAACGCGCUCAUCUCUCACCUCAGCCAAUUUCUUUGCAAUCGUCUACUUCUCCAUCUCUACCACAAGCUGACACAGCUGCCCACGAUAGUUCUCGUACACUCUUUGCUAUGUUACCGCCCCCAUCGUCUGCCAUUGUCCCUGGGGUACCAGCUGGUGCCCGCGAGCCUGACAUUGACAAAGGAAAGCCGGGGGGUUCUCGCUUCUUCCCUAAACCUGUCUCUACUGAUUUACCGGCACCUCAAGCUUUGCCAAAGCCUUCCAUCGAAGCUCUCGGUGCCGCUGCCGCAUCUUCUCCUCACGCUGCUCCUCCCCCAGGCUGUCGUCUUCUUAAUUUUACCUCCAAAACUCCUCAGGGUUCUGUAGGUCACACCCCUCCCUCGUACACAGGUUCGCAUUCCCCCGUGUCUCUGUCGAAGAACAGCUCGCCGGCAAUCAACCCAACCAUUCCCUCAAGUGGACCUUUGUCAACCACACAUCAUAAUGACAAUUCAGAUGCUGUAAGAAUGACUCAAGGCUUCUCGCCGUUUGAGGAAGCUCGAGAAGGUCUAGGAUUGUCGCCUUUGGAUGCGUUCCGUCGAAGUUCUGUUGCACCUCCUGGAGAUCGCAAUGCCUUUGGGCACAUGAACCUCGAACAGGUUGACGUCCCCAUGGGCGGGACUUUGCCUGGCCACUCUGCUCCGUACGAGCAACUGAGCUCUGGAAUCGCAGCUGCGAAAGGCAGCCGGUUUGCGAAAUUUUUCGACGGGAAAGGGAGAGACUCUCAGCAGGGAAUGGGCAAAGCUCCAGUAGGCGGCUCAACGAGAGGCGAGCUCGGUGGAUACAAUGGAAUACCCACAAGUAAUCCGGAUGCCAGAGCUAUGGAAGAUAUAUUUGCUAUGUUAAGCAAUUCAGCCCAUGGUCAAAGGCCUCAUGUACCACCAGACGUGUUGGCUUCAGAUGCUGCACACUUCAAUGCUCCUCUCUCCAACCUUCACCAUCUUCAAAACCAGCUUGGCCACUCCCAGCACUAUCCUGGCCACACCCGCCUGGACUCAUUAUAUGAUAGCCGUCUUGAUGACAGGAAUUUUGUCCCAGAUGGCAUGGUGCCCGGCUUACGCUCAGCCGCCCCCCCUCGGAGCAGGCAAAACAGCGCCAUGCUCUCUGACAUCGAUGACUCCAUGCAGUUUGGCGCCCAACGCGGGCCUGCGCAAAUGUACCAAGGAUUACAUCAGGCAAACAUGAAUCGCAAUGGGGGCAUGCCUCUCCAACCAUCCCAAUUUCGUGGUGGCCCUUCACCGAAUCCUAUGCAACCUUCAGCUCAACGACUGCCGCCUGGUUUGGCUAAUUUGGGUGGGCGACCACCUCAUGAGCCUGCGCAAUUCUUGAACUCGGCAAUGGCGAUCCCUGGCGGGCUACACGGUCCGGUGCAUGCUAAUGCCGCGCUUCAACAGCAGUUCAACAACUUUCCUCCGGGGGGUAUGGGCUUCAACGGCGCUCCUCAAAUGCGUGUGCCCCACCCCGGAGGAACCCACCAGCUGCAUGGACACAACACCAUGCAAGGCCUGAUGCACCCUGGAAAUCUUAGUCCCGCGCAAGCCCAGCUUCUGGGGAUAAACGGUGCUAACGGUAUGCCAGGCGGUCUCCGUGGUCCUAACGGAGGCUUCGGACAACAGGGUCCUCAAAUCCAACCGCCUCUACUCUCCAUGAGGCAACAACAGCAGCAGCAGCAGCAAAUCCCUCCACACAUGCUUCCUCUCCACUAUCAACAGCAGGGCCCGCCUGGUUCAAACAAUCAACCCGCCCACGAUCUCAUGGCGCUUUUGAUGAGCGGAGGAAGAAGGGAAUGAGAGUUCACGAAUUACCUGUAGUUUCUUAUCCUCGCCCAACAUUCAUUCACUUUCGGACUGACCUAAUAAUUUUCUCUCGUUAGUUUCCCAGUUGUCCUCAUACCGUCUGUCUAUUAUGUUUCAUUGUGGUUCUCCGCAAGCGUAUAUUAUUGACCAUUUUUGGGUAUGGCUACCAUGGAGAGUUCCCGAUGGAUGGCGCUGUUCAAAACCCGCGUCUGGGACCUGGUGAAUCACUGAAGAGUUGGCUAGAGUUUGGCCAGCCUGUCGGCCACGCCACGUUGAUCUCCGAACGGACAAUAAUUUAUAGUGCAUAUAGCGAAACCUGAGGCCAGGCCUGAUCCACUGAACGUGAGUAUUUCAACGCCACCAUCAUUACGAUGAACGGAGGACACCUGCGACGCAAAUACACAGGGUUCUCGCGGCGUCUCCAUAUUGGGCCAGAAUAGAAGGACUACC